AUGGCCACGAGAGACCUCCCUAAACUGGUCAACCAGUUGCUUUUCGGGUGGAAGGACUCGGUGAUGAGCGAGGUCACCAUCCACAAGUCGCGUUCCCAGUUAGUCGACGAAGACUACCAGCCCGACGGCGACAAAGUGUUCAAGUUCACCUGGCUGAGCUGCUGGCCAGCGUUUGCCUCCGGGUUUGGGUUGUUUUCUGAUGGUUACGUCAACGCCCUGAUCGGGGCCGUGCUGACCAUUCUCGGGAUUAUGUACCCCACCGAGUAUAAGGGGUCCAACGCCAUCAAUAACGUAUCGUCGAUCGCCUUUGUCGGUACCGUCGUCGGCCAGUUAUCCUUUGGUUACAUUGCUGACCGUAUCGAUCGGAAAAAGGGGAUGCUUGCCGCCAACAUCAUCUUGAUCCUCUUCACCAUCUUGUGUGCGGCGGCGACGUGGGGGGCCCACGGCUCCAUCUACGGCAUGUUCGCGGCGUUGACGGCGUUCAGAUUCUUUUUGGGGGUGGGUAUUGGCGCUGAAUACCCCACUGCUUCAGUGAUUUCAUCGGAAUUCGCUAACCAGUUGCCUUCAGGUACCCGUAACCGGGUGUUCGCCAUGGCCACUAACUGUGCCAUUGACCUUGGCUUUGUCGCCGCGGCGUUUGUCCCCUUGAUCUUAUUGUGGAUCUUCUCUCCCCGUCACUUGACGGCGAUGUGGCGGUUGACUCUCGGCCUCGGGGUGUUCCCUCCCUUGGUGUUGUUUUUCCUUCGGUUGAAGAUGGUCGAUCUGAAAUCGUUUAAAAAGUACAAUAUGAAGCACGCCAAGUACCCAGUAUGGUUGUGCAUCAAGUUCUACUGGUACCGGUUGUUUAUCAUCUCGAUCUUGUGGUUCAUCUACGACUUCUCGUCGUACUCGUUCGGGAUUUACUCGUCAGCCAUUAUCAACAACAUCGUUCCCGAUGCUGAUUUGUACAAGACGCUCGGGUGGAACACGUUGUUCAACGUCUUUUACUUGCCUGGUUGCUUUUUGGGGGCAUUCUUCGCCGAUUGGUUCGGGGUGAGAAUCACGCUUACCGCCGGUUUAGUGUGCCAAGGGGUGAUUGGCUUCGCCAUGGCCGGGUGCUACUCGACGCUCAAGCACCAUGUGGCUAGUUUCACGGUGGUGUUUGGCUUUUUCACUGCUUUCGGUGAGUUUGGCCCCGGUAACUCGAUGGGGCUCAUCUCGUCGAAAUUGUCGGCCACCGCUGUUAGAGGGGUGUUCUACGGUAUCGCCGCCGCCAUCGGCAAGAUCGGUGCCUUCGUCGGUACCUGGGUGUUCCCCGUUAUUAUCAAAAACGCCGGUGGUUCCAAGACCGACUCCGGUAACCAGGCGCCGUUCUACGUGUCGCUGGCCCUCUGCUUGUUUGCCGCCCUCCUCGCGUGGUUUUUCUUGCCCUACGUCGGCCAGGACUCGAUCAACAAAGAGGACGAGGCCUUCAUCAGCUACUUGACCGCCAACGGCUACGACAUCAGCCAAUUGGGUGACCACGACUCCGUCGACACCUACGACGAAGACAUCGAAAAACAGGGCAGCGACGACGACGCCCUCAAGGUUCACCACACCGUGGUGUCGGAGUCGAAAAACUCCUCCGAGUCGAAAUGA